AAAAAUUAAAUUACGGUAUAGUGUAGCAUUUCCGGAAAUGAAAAUGCAGCAGACUCAGUAGUAAUAGACCACGUCUCCUCUACAAACCCGUCUAUAUAAGAAGAUGGUUCAGAAGCGAGAUGUGCAACAAGCUCUGCAACAAAGAUAUAUAUCAUCAUCAAUGGAUAUCGUUCAUAGCAAGGGAGCAACUGAGCUAUUUGAAGCUCAGUCUCAUUUGUACAAACACAUAUUCAGCUACAUAGAUUCCAUGUCAGUCAACUGCGCCAUUCAGCUAGCCAUACCCGACAUAAUCCACUCCCAUGCUCGACCCAUCACUCUUCCACAGUUGGCCUCCAAGCUUCACAUUCACCCCAAGAAAACCAGCUGCCUUCACCGGCUCAUGCGUUUGUUGGUGCACUCCGGCUUCUUCACUAAAACAAAACUUCAUCAUCAUCAUCAUCAAAAUCAACCAGAAGAUGAUGAUGAAGAAGAAGAAGAAGAAGAAGAAGGCUAUGCUCUCACACCUUCCUCUAGGCUCGUCGUCAAAGAUAAUGUCACCAGCCUGUCACCAUUUGUUAAAGCAAUGCUGGAUCCGGUCCUGGUGAGCCCCUGGCACGUCUUGGGAGAUUGGCUUCAGGGGGGGAGUACUCAGGAGCUGACGCCCUUUGAGAAAAGGCAUGGGAUGAGCUUAUGGAACUACUGCAACCAAAACACAGAGUACGGUGGCGUUUUCAAUGAAGCCAUGGCCAGUGAUUCCCAGCUCAUGAGCUUCGUCGUUGACGACUACAAGCCCAUCUUUGAGGGCUUGGGUUCGUUGGUUGAUGUUGGAGGGGGUACCGGGACGGCGGCGAGGAUCAUUUCUCAGGCAUUCCCUCACGUGAAAUGCACGGUGUUUGACCUUCCACACGUCGUUGCCAACCUGCCGGAGACUACAAACUUGAAAUACGUUGGUGGUGAUAUGUUUCAGUCUAUUCCUUCUGCAGAUGCCCUUCUCUUUAAGUGGAUUUUGCAUGAUUGGAGCGAUGAGGAAUGUGUGAAAAUUCUGAAGAGAUGCAAAGAGGCGAUUACAAGCAAAGGUAAGGAGGGAAAGGUAAUAAUCAUAGACGUGGUGAUAAAUGAGGAGAAGGAUGAAGAUGAUAUUACUAAAACAAAGCUCUUCUUUGACACACUCAUGAUGGUUCUGCUCCCUGGAAAAGAGAGGGGCAAGAAAGAAUGGGAGAAGCUUUUCGUCAAUGCUGGCUUCACCCGCUACAAUAUAGUUGCUUCCUAUGGGAUGAAAUCCGUUAUUGAGCUUUAUCCUUAAGAUUAAAUUAAUUAACUAUGUGUGUGUGAAUUUUAAGAUUAAUGUGUCUCAAGCCUGAUGCCUUAUAGAAUAAUGCUUCCGUGCGAGCAUAGGAAACUUAAUGGAUCAUGCUUCUUAAUUAAAGUUGUUUUCUUAAGGUUGUUUCAGUGUAUUUAUAUGCACAGGUGGCUGAAAGUUGGGUGGGGUUGUCUUUUGAAUUGUUUUCCUCGUACCUUGUCUUGAGUGUGCUGUGUAGCUGUGUAAGUUGUAACCCAAAUAAUGAGACACGAUUGGUGGUGCCCCUGAUAAAGACAUG